AUGGUUUUCCCCGAUUUAUCAUUAAAAGAAGAAUGCUUUGGACUAUUUUCAUUGCAUGAUAGAACCACUGCUGAUGAACUCUUUAAGCAUUUUGAAAUUCUACUAGAGUCACGCAAUGUCCCUCUGGAAAAGUUGGUUUCCAUAACAUCUGAUGGAGCUGCAACGAUGACCGGAAAUCAAAAUGGUUUUCUAGCUAAGUGCAGAAAUAAUAAGAAGUUUCCUUUCUUUAACGUUUAUCAUUGCAUCAUUCAUCAACAAGUAUUGUGUGUUAAAACUCUUAAAAUAAACGAUGUGAUAGAUGAAGUGGUAACAAUAAUUAAUUUUAUUCGGGGACGGGCGUUAAAUCACAGACGAUUAAAACAGCUCAUAAAAGAUAUGGACGAAACUAGUGAUAAAUCUGAUGUUAUUUACUAUACUGAAAUGCGAUGGUUGAGUAAAGCAAAUAUGCUUCAACGAUUUGCAAACUUACUUCCGAUAAAUCGCGAGUUUUUAUUAACAAAAGAAAAAGAGGAGCAGGUCAAUAAAUUGCAUGACUUUAAAUGGCUGUCAUUAUCAAUGUACGCAGUCGAUUUAACUUUGAUCAUUAAUUCGAUUAAUAAAAAACUACAAGGGAAGUGUAAGGUUGUGUGGGACCAAAUUCAAGUGAUUAGAGAUUUCGAAUUAACCUUGGUGAACAUUAUAAAACAUUGUGAAGUGAAUAUUAUCGAUGAAAGAUUGCAGCGAUUAAAAAAAUUGUCCGAUAAGAGCUCAGAAGAACGAUUCAGUGGAGAGUCGUUAAUAAAAGUAACAAUGCCUGUUUUAGAUGAAGUCAAAAAACGUUUUAAAGAUUUUAGAGAUCUUGAAAUUAUUGCUGAAAUAGCCGUUAAUCCGUUUGCUAUACAAUUCGAACGAUAUGAGGACUUAUCGAAACAAUCAAACGACUGUUUUCAAAUGCUGACUGGAUUAACUUUAGUGAAAUCAGUUUUGUUAUUAUUAUCAUUAUAUUAG